AUGUCCAGCGCAUCCCUGGAAUUGUCCUUCUUCGUCCUUGGCUGCCCUGGAGCCUGUGAGGCGGGCCCGGAGCACCACGCCUUCCUGGGGUGCCUCUUCGCCAGCACUGUGCCCAGCUGGCCUCACUUGUCAUCUCAAAGUGGCAUCAAACCUCCCAUCUGGUGGACAGAAUCCCCAGGUUGGCCCUCCAGAGACCAGAAGGCCCCUGGCUCCGCAAUGCCACGCGCAGCCGCCCGGUCCUCCACCCAUGGGGCCCUCAUUCCACCUGCCACCACUCAUGAACUGGAUCGCCCAGCUCUUCACUGGCUCGCCUGCGGCUACUGCCUCAGUUUACCUGCACAGUUGCCCCUGGCUAUCUGGCUGGGAGGACUUGUACUUAGAAGCAGUUCCCUCCCUGGGAAACUGUGUCCUAAGGCCAGGAGGUGGCAGCCUCUGCUGUCCCGAGACAGGGACCUGUGA